UUCACUCUAAAAAACAAGAAAAACUUAUUUCUUCUUCACCAUCCUAUUCUCAGGUAUCUUGAUUUUAUUUCACAGUUUUAUAAUGAUAGAAACAAAGUGCUCUUUUCUCCUUUUUCUUGUGAAAUCCUCAAGGCUCAUGCAGCUUAGCUACCAUAAUAAAGUCUAUAUAUUUGGAGCUUUAGCUUUCAAGGGAGUUAAUUCUUUUUAACAAAAUAAUACUUUGUCUUUUUUUUUCUUUUUCUUUUUCUCUCACCUCUCUGUUAAGAAUUAAGUUGGAUUUCAGUUUUUUUUUUUUUACACUUUAAUUUCAAGAUUUCCAAGGUUCCAUUUUUUUCCCCCCAGCUUUUGGAACUAUUGUUCAGUGUUCAUGGAAGGUUAUAUUGGUUAUUGUUUCGGUCUUCAGUAAAGUUGUAAAUGGUGAUGCUGAGUUACAAAUCAAGAAGAAAGGCUGACUACUAACUAGCAAACAAAGGUUGAUAUGGCAGAUCAAAGUUCUAAUUUUCCUUCUCCCAAUUCCACCCAUAAUCACACAAAUAAACCAAAUUCACCCUUUUUAGGUCCUCCAAGAAUUUUCAAUGGGCUUUUAACAAGAAGCCUAUCUGACACAGAAGCAAUAAGAAGCAUAUCUCAGUUCCAAACAAGUCGGGGUCGGGUGUAUGAUACUAACACUGUCAUUAGUCCAAAUUCCAUUCUUGAUGGCCAUGGCAUGCAAAAUUACAAUCUUCGAAAUCCUUUUGGUUAUGCCAGAAAAUCAAAAAUCCCCAUCACUAAAAAGCCUCCAAAUAACAAGUCGGAAUUAGAAACUAUUAAAACAAAGACGAAAAACAUGCCUCGGUCCCAAGCAAGUCGGGUGUAUGAUGCUGAAUCCAUCAGUAGCCCAAAUUCCAUUCUUGAUGGCAUGCAAAAUUGCGAUCUUGGGAACCCUUUUGGCUAUGAUAAAAAAUCACCAAACCCCAUCUCUAAAAAGCCUCCAAAUGACAAGUUGGAAUCAAAAGCUAUUAAAACAACGCCUCAGUUUCGAACAAGUCGGGGUCGGCUGUAUGACGUUGAAUCUGUCACUAGCCCAAAUUCCAUUCAUGAUGGCAUGCAAAAUCUCAAUCUUAGGAACCCUUUCGGUUAUGAUAGAAAACCACCAAACCCCAUCACUAAAAGUCCUUCAAAUAACAAGUUGGAAUCAGAAAGCAUUGGACUUGCUCUCAUUGAUCCUAUAGAAAAUAGUGAAAAGUUCCCUGUCUUAUUUGGAGCAAAGCUCAAAGUUGAAAUUCCCAGUUCUAUUGAGGUGAAAAAUACUUGUGGGGAUUUUGGUGAAAUGGAGAGUUCAGAGGACUACACUUGUGUGACCACUCAUGGUCCUAAUCCAAGAACAACUCAUAUAUUUGAUAAUUGCAUUGUCGAGAGUUGUUGUGGAGUCAGAAAGUUGUCUGAAUUAAUGAAGGAGAACACUUGCAACUCUUGCAAAGUUGAUCACACAGAGGGCAAAGACAUCUAACAUGGGUGACACAGCUUUUUGCAACCAUGAAUCAAGAGGAUGAUGAACCGAAAAAUGAAUGAUGAAUUUAGGACUAUAGUGAUUUUUUUUUUUCUUCAUGCUAAUCUGUUUUGUCACUUCAACAAAGAAUUUUGGCAUCUUUUAAUUAGUGGAUAUGAGUGAAGUCUAUUUUUCCAAUUUUGACAAGACCUAUGGUGGACCAAAUCUAACGUGGUUUUGUUGGAGUUUUCUUGACUUGUCUUUGUUGUAUCUUUCAACUAAUUGUCUUAUUGUUUAUCUUUUAGUGAUGA